GCUCCCGGGCCGUGGGGAUGUGCGGCCGCCACCGACAUGAACAACCCUAUACCAUCCAAUUUGAAAUCUGAAGCCAGAAAAGCGGCUAAAAUAUUAAGAGAAUUCACAGAAAUAACUUCCAGAAAUGGACCUGAUAAGAUUAUCCCUGCCCAUGUAAUCGCUAAAGCUAAAGGCCUUGUAAUCCUGUCAGUGAUAAAAGCCGGAUUUUUGGUCACCGCCCGAGGCGGCAGCGGGAUUGUAUUGGCUCGUCUUCCAGAUGGAAAGUGGUCCGCUCCUUCUGCAAUAGGGAUAGCCGGUCUUGGUGGCGGAUUUGAAAUUGGAAUUGAGGUGUCAGACUUGGUAAUAAUAUUGAAUUAUGGCAGAGCGGUUGAGGCUUUUGCGAAAGGUGGCAAUUUGACUCUUGGUGGGAAUUGUACAGUAGCAGUUGGGCCUUUAGGAAGGAAUUUAGAAGGUGAUGUUGCUUUGCGAAGUUCUGCUGCCGUCUACACUUACUGCAAAUCCCGAGGGCUGUUUGCCGGGGUCUCAUUAGAAGGAAGCUGUUUAAUUGAACGGAAAGAAACGAAUCGCAAAUUCUACUGCCAAGAUAUUCGUGCCAGUGACAUUUUAUUUGGCAACAUUCCUCGCCCUGCUCAAGCUGAGGAUCUGUAUGAGAUUCUUGAGUCCUUUACUGAAAAAUAUGAUAACGAAGGGCAGAGAAUCAAUGCAAGGAAAGCAGCCAGGGAGCAGAGGAAGGCCAAAGACCUAGCUCUGAAGCCGGUGACUAGGGCACAGUCACAAAAACCAUCGGCAUCUCUCCAGCUGAAGUCCGGUUCGCAAAAUAACCGAAAUGCCCACAAGCUUUAUCCCGAACUUCCCCUUGAUUGUGAUACGAGAAGUUCAAGCCAACCCAAAGAAGCGACAGCUCUCUACUCUUUUGAGGGACAGCAUCCUGGUGACUUGAGUUUCGAAGCCGGAGACAAGAUCACAGUUAUCUCAAAAACAGAGUCACAUUUUGAUUGGUGGGAAGGAAGAUUACGUGGCCAAACGGGCAUUUUCCCGGCCAAUUACAUCACCAUGAAUUAAGCUUCAUUCGUGUGUGUUAUUUCCAAAGCAAUCCUGUGCUGUGGAAAAGCAUACCUAGUAGUCAUUUAAUAAACGAGUGAAUGAAUGGAUGAAUAGCUAAUACAGAGCAAAUGAUGAUCUCUUCAGAAAUAUUUAAAUUAUUUUAUGAUAAUUAUUUUAAUUUAAGAAUCAGGUAUAGAAAAGAUCGACCUAGGUCCAUAUGAUGUACAAACAUUAUAUUUGAAUAAUUUAUUAAAUAUAUUUGAAAAA